CGAUGCAAACAGUGUGAAAGUGUAUUCCCUUAACCUGCUCCACAUAUCAACCUGUUCACGGUGGUGCGAGAGGAGAUGACUGUCCCAGAUGAGGCUCUUCAGCAUGAGAAGUUCACCAGCCAGCUCCAGCUGACUAAGAAGCACUUCAAAGGUGAGCCCACCAAGUCACCUGCCAAGUCCCCGCUAAGACCCCCAGACCAGCCGAGAACAAGGCAGCCGAGGGGACCACCAUGGAGCCAUCGGCCAAACCUGCUGAUUCACACCAGGGAGAUGACAAGAUGGCAGGGGACAUAGCAACAUCGCACCGGGGAACACCUCUGUAUGGACAGCCAUCUUGGUGGGGGAUGGGGACGCAGACGACGAGAACUCCUUCAAACAGGAGACCAAGACGUGUGGGAAGAAGCAUGACAGCUCUGCAGCAGAUGGCAGAGAGCCUAAGAGGAGUGAGAGGCCUAUGGAGGAUGGUCUGGGUCCUGAGCCCAGCUACUUUGAGAUUCCUACCAAGGAGUCUCAGAUGGCUGAGGACAGCAUUCAUGAAAUCCCUACUAAAGACACUGAGGGGGCUGCUGCUACCACCGCCAGUAGCGCUCAGGGCCACGCCUCACCUCACGCCUUCACCAUCGAGUUUGAUGACACCUCUCCUGGCAAGGUCAGGAUUAAGGACCAUGUGUCCAAACUGACUCCGGACCACCGUCCCCGGCCUAAGAAGGCCCCCCAGCCGGGGAGCAAGGACCUCAGCACCCUACAGGCCGCCAUGAUGGCCUCUGAGAGCAAGGUGGCUGAUUGGCUGGCCCACAAUGACCCCCCCACGGUGCGCAGUGAGUCCACAGAGGAGGACAGCAAGAGCAUCAAGAGUGAUGUCCCCGUCCACUUCCACAGGCUCAAAGGCAGCAAGCAUGAGGACGGUACCCAGAGUGACUCUGAGAACGGGAUUGGCCUGCGCUUCGACAGCCGGAGGCUGGCUCUGGAGGAGAGGCUGAGGUCGGCGCAGGGAGGACAGGGAGGUCAGUGGGGUCGGACUACCGGCAACAGGACUACCUUCAUGAUCGAAUUCUACAACGAUGACAACCCCCGCAAGCGACGCUCCUACUCCUUCUCCCAGACUGCACCGCUGCUUGGGGGUGCGGCCAGGGAGGCUCUUUGCCCCACCCCCCCCUCCCACUCUAAGGCCCCUUCCACCAUGACCACAGACUUCAGUAAGGCCCCGUUAUCAGCGGCCCUAAUAGCGGGAGCCCCCACUGCCGCCCGAGUUCUGAUGAAGCAGAGGUCUGAGGAGCAGAGCAUAGGGAGGAGCUCGGUCAGUACAGGCCACCAGACCACUGAGCCCAGCCCCAGUGAGGAGGGUCUGAGGACCCCUCGGUCUCAGGGGGACAGGGACAGGGAGCAGGAGGAUGACCAGAGUGAUAAGGGAACCUACACCAUCGAGUUGGAGAACCGCAACCCUGAGGAGGAGGAGGCCAGGCGCAUGAUAGACAAGGUGUUCGGGAUGGAGCAGAACCAGGAUCUGUCUGUCUCAGGACCAGUAGAACUACAACAAGGAGGAGGGGGGAAGAAGGAGAGGAAGACCACAGAGAUGGGAGAAACGAUGAAACCAGGCUGCCUUCCAUCUGAGAGUAUGUCUGAGGACUCGGUGGCAGUGGGCAGUAGUCACUGGGUGUCUCAGUGGACCAGUCCAGCUGCAAACCACACCAGAACCGACCCAGAGGGGUCUGGUGCUGAGUCACCUGCCUUCGUCCAUCAACAGAUAGAAGCGGAUGCCUUUGAGUCGGGCGUUUCCAUCCGAAGUACCAGCUCUGCCACCUCCAGUCUCACCGAGCGUAAACGCAGGACCCUCCCCCAGCUCCCCAUCGACGACCCCCGGGCCAAGCCAGGGAAGAGCUUGUGCGGCCUGGGCCUGCAUCGCUCAGAGAUCGGGGAGAAAGAGGACACGGGGCCCCAGGAAAAGGAGAGGCAGGUGGAGAAUGAAGGAGACAGGGCGUGUUUUACCUCCAUAGAGGAGGGGGAUAUGAUGAACCAGACCAAGGCCCCACUACAGGCCUCCUCCAAGCCCUCUCUCAGACCUAUGAGCAGCAGUGAGAAGAGGUCCGAGGAGAGGAGGAGGCGGGCGGAGGAUCGGAUUCAGCACCACAGCAACGGAGGAGGGGACAGGGGGGAGAAGUCGGGGAGCAAGCCUCUAGUCCGUCAGGGCAGCUUCACCAUUGAGAAGCCCAGUGGUGUGGUGCCCAUUGAGCUGAUCCCUCGGAUCAAAGGUGAUGCCGGUGUCCUGGGCCGCGAGCACAGUGACUCUGUGGGCAGCAUGGACACAGCCACCCUGCUGAAGGACACAGAGGCUGUCAUGGCCUUCCUGGAGGCCAAGCUGAGGGCUGAGAACAAGCUGGACAGAGCCAACCGUGCAGGCUUCUUCUCCCCUGAGUCAGACGUGGACACGGCCAGCACCUACAACCAGGCAGCAGGGGAGGGAGAGAAGAAACCAGCUCACCAGAAACGCCGCUCCCUCAGCAGCCUGUACAAGGAGAAGAGCAACCUGGGCUCAACCUCCAAAACCGCUGCCAGCACCAACGCUCGCGAGCGCUUGGAGAGAAAGACCAAGACCAGAACUGAUCCCAGCCGGCUUGAUGCUCGCCGCUCCGUCCAGCCUGCCUUGUCGCGGGCACGCCAAUCCUCCCAGGAUCUCACAGAUGAUGACCAGACCUCGUCCUUCCCCAUCUCCGACAUUCUUUCCUCUGACCAGGAGAGUUUGCAUAGUCGCACGUACGGCCGCAGCCACUUCACCUCUACGGACGACCUGCUACAUUCCAAACUGGGAGCCAAAUCCAGCUGCAAGACCAGCUCCAGUAAGUCUAGUAAGACUCUCCAGGCCGCCACAGCUUCCUCCCUGGGGAAACAGGCCUCUCUGCCCCAGCCACGGCCUACCAGAACCUCCCUGCUCCGCCGGGCCCGGCUGGGGGACACAUCCGACACGGACCAGGCCGAUGCAGACAGGAUGUCUGUGGCCUCCGAGGUGUCCACCACCAGUUCCACAUCCAAGCCUCCAUCUGGUCGUAAAGGGCCCUCGCGGCUGGACAUGCUGGCCCAGCCCAGGAGGACACGGCUGGGCUCCAUCUCGGCCCGUAGUGACUCAGAGUGUACAGUAGGUCGGAGCAGCACCUCCUCCCCUCGCCUGUCUGCAGAGACCAUACUGCGCCUGGGCUUCCGCUCCCCCACCGACAACAAACUGGCUCCUCGCAUGAGGGCCAACAGUGUGUCCAAGCUGACCGAGGCCAAGUCCAGAAUCAGCUCCUCCAUCCACAGCACUCCCUCAGCCUCUAACAGGUGGAGACGAUUGCCCCCAGAGUAUGGAUCCACCUCCGAGGAGGAGUUUGGCUCCAACAGGACCUCCCCCAAACCCGGGCGCCCCCUGCGCCCACACCCGGUCCUGAGGGGUACCAGACUGGGGGGCUCCACCGGCAUCCUCAACUCUGGUCAGGUUGGCCCUGGAGGCGUGGUCCUGAAACACCACAUGAGAGAACAACAGGAGGAGUACGUCAAGGACUGGACCGCUCACAGCGAGGAGAUUGCCAGGAUCAGUCAAGACCUAACCAAGGACCUGGCCAUCCUUGCCCGGGAGAUCCACGAUGUGGCCGGAGAGAUCGACUCGGUCAGCUCCUCUGGCACGGCUCCCAGCACCACAGUCAGCACCGCCGCCACCACACCCGGCUCCACUAUUGACACCCACGAAGUGAUAGGCCGCACGCAGGAAGGCACGCAGGAUGGCUUGCAAAAGCUGAUUGACUGUGUGUUUGACGAGAGCCUCAACUUCAGGAAGAUCCCUCCCAUGGUGCAGAAUAAGGCCCCUGAGAUAAACGGACGCCCCCGCGCCCCAGACAGCCAGAGACGCACAUGGAACAGAGAUGAGGCGGUGUUGGACAGUCUGCUGCUCACAUCUGUCUCUCAGCUGUCAGCCCAAAUCAGACAGUCUGUUGACAAAACAGCAGGAAAAAUACGAAUAUUGUUCAAAGACAAGGACAGGAAUUGGGAUGAGAUUGAGAGCAAACUCCGAUCUGACAGCGACAUACCACUCCUCAAAACCUCCAACAAGGACAUCUCCUCUAUCGUCUUGGAGCUGAAGAGAGUGGAGAAGCAGCUACAAGUGAUAAAUAUCAUGGUGGAUCCUGAAGGCACCCUGGAUGCCCUGAGCAGCCUUGACCUGACCAGCCCCCUUACACCUAAGCCCUCUCCUGGUUCUCAGGGGCCCCAGUAGACCCUCCCAGGCCCUGCAACCAGGGUCUGUGUCAGCCAGAGACCUGGGAAGCCUGCACUUCAACCGCAUCCACCCCAGUGGAGAAGAGAGUGCCAUCACUCAGAAGUGAGGAGGUUCCCACCCUCUGAUGCUUUAUAUACAGAACACCUGCCUUAAAGAACAAUAUGGCGUCUUUCGGGAAUAUUUCAGAAUGAACCUCCACCACCCUAGUAACCUACCAAAGCUAACAGUAAAGAGUUUUUUAUGUGAGCCAAGUUUCCAAACGUGAAAUAAGUGUACAGUGGAGCAAACUCAAAAUGUUUCUUAUUCUAUUUUGAAUGGUAAUUUAUCUGUUUUGCUGGUUAUCUGUUUUCUAUCUAUUUUCUGCACAUUUGUCUAAAAUACUGAAUUUCAACUUCUCUGAGCAAUUCUGUACCCAGAGAAUCUUAUACAUUGUUAUGGUGAAAUGCAAUUCACAUGAAAAAAAUGUUUUUACUGUUUGAAACGAUUGUAACGACUGUUACAGUACCAUGUUAAACUAUGUUACAGUACAGUAAUGCUUGUAUGUAGCCUAAACGAUACAUUUUUGGAACGUGACGCAAACGGACCUCCGUUGGCUCCGUCUGCGUAGACAUUGAUUAGAGCCCUUAAGCCUGGUCCUUGACCUGAAUUACAUAUUUCAUAUGAUUUGCAUUACUUGAUAUUUUUCCUGUUAUGACUAUGCGGUAUCUUUGUAAACUGGAAGUGAAAAGGAAAAUGUGACAUUGACGGAUCUUUUUCAUCUUGGACUGUUCUGAGUCCCUCCCCUUUACUGUAGUAUUUUAUACAGUAGCAUGAGUCCAUAAUGGUGUACCAGAUGUACACCCUGAAUGGCCUUUGUUGGAGAGAGCAGGUCGGUCUUCUACCAAGAGGACCUCUGUCUGUUUUGUGCUGAUUUACAAGGACUUUAUGAAACAACAUGACUGCAACAAGGUUACCGUCAAAGUUGCAUUAGCUGUAACCACUGUCAUUAAAGACAGAAGUUACCGUCAAAGUUGCAUUAGCUAUAACCACUGUCAUUAAAGACAGAAGUUACCGUCAAAGUUGCAUUAGCUGUAACCACUGUCAUUAAAGAAAGAAGUUACUGUCAAAGUUGCAUUAGCUGUAACCACUGUCAUUAAAGACAGAAGUUACCGUCAAAGUUGCAUUAGCUGUACCCACUGUCAUUAAAGACAGAAGUUACCGUCAAAGUUGCAUUAGCUGUAACCACUGUCAUUAAAGAAAGAAGUUACUGUCAAAGUUGCAUUAGCUGUAACCACUGUCAUUAAAGACAGAAGUUACCGUCAAAGUUGCAUUAGCUGUAACCACUGUCAUUAAAGACAGAAGUUACCGUCAAAGUUGCAUUAGCUAUAACCACUGUCAUUAAAGACAGAAGUUACCGUCAAAGUUGCAUUAGCUGUAACCACUGUCAUUAAAGACAGAAGUUACUGUCAAAGUUGCAUUAGCUGUAACCACUGUCAUUAAAGACAGAAGUUACCGUCAAAGUUGCAUUAGCUGUAACCACUGUCAUUAAAGACAGAAGUUACCGUCAAAGUUGCAUUAGCUGUAACCACUGUCAUUAAAGACAGAAGUUACCGUCAAAGUUGCAUUAACUAUAACCACUGUCAUUAAAGACAGAAGCUACCGUCAAAGUCGCAUUAGCUGUAACCACUGUCAUUAAAGAUAGAAGUUACUGUCAAAGUUGCAUUAACUAUAACCACUGUCAUUACUACAUAUAUGAAUGAUGGUCAUAAGACUAUAGCAAGCCUUUUACUGACAUUGAAUCACUCACUAUUCUACAUUUCCAUACGGGAGGAUGUUAUCAUGUACUCAUACAGUAUGUGUGUAUAGACUUGACAUCCUCACUGCGUUUGCUGCUUCUCUUUAGUUCCCUUUUGGAGGGUUAGCAUGACCAUUUUACAAGCCUUUCAUGUAAAGUUAUGUGUCGUCGUAUAAAAUGUAUUCAAGAUCGUGCAACCGUAUUUAGAUACUUAAGCAAUAGUGAAGUUAGGUACCAGAAAACAUGCUCCAUCUUUUCUGCUUCAUAUACAGACUUUGAUGUCACUAAGUGCCCAGUUUGAAUAGUAAAAUGGCAUAACGUUUUUUUUUAAGAUGAGGAAUCAUCAAGAGUGGAAUGAAAUGGUAUAAUUUGUCAAAUGUGUCAAAGGCUCUUCAAGUGUCACCGUCAGUGGUUUUAGGAUUCAAAAGGACAAAAGCAAAAACCUAAAUGGAACAGCUGAUAUCAGAAUGAGAUGCCUCUGUACCUAUCCUCUGCACACCAUCAUGUUUGUCAGUAUAUUACAUUAAAGAAAGAAAGUGAUGGGAAUACUGAAGUGCUCGGUACACUUUUUUUUGUUAAUUUGAAAGUUUACACAUCUUAUCAAUGUUUUACUUUUCUGUUUCAUGUUUUGUAUAAACCACCAUUUUAUUUAUUUUGUCAAUUCAAUGUAUUUUAUUGUUGCAAAUCAUGAUUUUUGUUAUGUUACUUUUUUCAAUUAAAUAAAACGUUUAGAUUCUUUA